CACCGAAGGGCUCCCCGGCCGUGCAGCGGGGCGGGCUCUGCAAGCCACCAAUCACCGCGCGGCUCCGCUCUAAAAAUACGAGCAUCUGACCCGGGCCAGCCCAAUUGUGUUCGCCUGCUCCGCCGAGGAAGUCGCCGCGAUGUCCGAGACCGCUCCCACCGCCGCCCCCGAUGCGCCCGCGCCCGGCGCCAAGGCCGCCGCCAAGAAGCCGAAGAAGGCGGCGAGCGGCUCCAAAGCCCGCAGACCCGCGGGGCCCAGCGUCACCGAGCUGAUCACCAAGGCCGUGUCCGCCUCCAAGGAGCGCAAGGGGCUCUCGCUCGCCGCGCUCAAGAAGGCGCUGGCCGCCGGCGGCUACGAUGUGGAGAAGAACAACAGCCGCAUCAAGCUGGGGCUCAAGAGCCUCGUCAGCAAAGGCACCCUGGUGCAGACCAAGGGCACCGGCGCCUCCGGCUCUUUCCGCCUCAACAAGAAGCCGGGAGAAGUGAAAGAAAAAGCCCCGAAGAAAAGGGCGCCUGCGGCCAAGCCCAAGAAGCCGGCGGCGGCUAAGAAGCCCGCCAGCGCCGCCAAGAAGCCCAAGAAAGCGGCGGCGGUGAAGAAGAGCCCCAAGAAGGCGAAGAAGCCGGCGGCCGCUGCGGCCAAGAAAGCGGCCAAGAGCCCCAAGAAAGCCGCGAAGGCAGGCCGCCCCAAAAAGGCAGCGAAGAGCCCGGCUAAGGCGAAAGCGGUGAAGCCCAAAGCGGCCAAGCCCAAAGCGGCCAAACCCAAAGCGGCCAAGGCAAAGAAGGCGGCGCCCAAGAAGAAGUAAAUUGUACCAGAAGAGUUUUGUUCUCCAUACUUUUGUUAUCCAACGGCUCUUUUAAGAGCCACCCACACUUUCCCUAAAGGAGCUGAUGCACCCAGCUCGUCCGUAACCUGCAGCAGGGGUCCAGCAAUUCGUAAGUCGUCAAGAGGUCAAUUGUGUCUUGUGUUUUUUUUUUUUCUGUUCCCUAGGAUUACCGAAAGAUAUACUAAAGAACGCGAUAGAGCGCGGCGGC